ACAAGCCGGGCAAGCGGCCAAUACCAGCCGAGUUAGCAAGCCGGCAAGUGGCGCCGCCUGACAGGACGCGAUCGAAGCUGACGGCGGCGUCGUCGACCUCUCUCUCUCUCUACCCGAGUGCGUUACUCCUGGAGGAGGCCAUUCUCCCAGUUUUCACCAGCUGAUUGGGCGGCGGGGCCCAGCUCGCGCGGCGAUUGGCCCGAUUUGUACCACGUGACGUGAAGGCGCGCGCGCCAUUGGGCGUCGGCAGCAGGGGGCGCUAGUGACGUGGCCCCCUAGCAACAGGGGCCAGCCACAGCGGCAGGGGCGAUAAUGGUGGCCCAGUGCAGCGCAGCCGAAGCGGCCGAGCGUCCAUGUCCGCGCUAGGCCUGGGUCUCUUGUUCGGCGCGGCGGCGGUGGAGCGGGCGGCGGCAGCGGUUGGGGGCGGCCGCAAGCGGCGGUUAUGAGUUCCCGUGAGUGCACCGCGAUGCCCCUGUCGCGGACGCGGUCCCUGAUCGCCAACAUGAACGGCUCGGCGCCUUCGUCGGAAGCCGGCUACAUCGAGAAGAAUGCCGCCAACAACAACAACAACUCGUCGGCGCUCAGUGGAAACGGCGGCGGCAACGGGUCCACCCUGCUGCUGCCGCCCAUCAAGAGCCAGACCAUCGCGGGCUUCAAGUUCCAGUCGAGCGUGCACAAGCUGUUCGACGUGGACCAGAACGGCGACUCGCCCGACAACAAAGCGGGCGUCGUUGUCGGAAGCGGCGGCGGCGCGGGCAAAACCUUGGUGGCCACGCCGGAGCAGGUGAUGAAGAUGUACAUGCACAAGCUCAGUCCGUACGAGCACCACGAGAUCUUCAACUACCCGCAGAUCUACUUCAUCGGUGCGAACGCCAAGAAGCGCCAGGGAGCGCCGGGGACUCCCAACAAUUGCGGCUACGACGACGACCAGGGUUCGUACCUCCACGUUCCGCACGACCACAUAGCGUACCGCUUCGAGAUGCUCAAGGUGAUCGGCAAGGGUUCCUUCGGCCAGGUCGUCAAGGCGUACGACCACAAGCAGCACCAGCACGUGGCGCUCAAGAUGGUGCGCAACGAGAAGCGAUUCCACCGGCAGGCGCAGGAGGAGAUCCGCAUCUUGGACUUCCUGCGUCGCCAGGACCGCGACAACACCUUCAACUUGAUCCACAUGCUGGAGCACUUCACCUUUCGCAACCACACGUGCAUCACCUUCGAGCUGCUGUCCAUCAACUUGUACGAGCUCAUCAAGAAGAACAAGUUCCAGGGGUUCUCCCUACAGCUGGUUCGCAAGUUCGCCCACUCGCUCCUGCAGUGCCUGGACGCCUUGCACCGCAGCCACAUCAUCCACUGUGACCUAAAGCCCGAGAACGUGCUGCUCAAACAGCAGGGCCGAUCGGGCAUCAAGGUUAUAGACUUCGGAUCCUCGUGCUUCGAACACCAGCGCGUCUACACCUACAUCCAGUCGCGCUUCUACCGAGCGCCGGAGGUGAUCCUGGGCGCCAAGUACGGUAUGCCGAUCGACAUGUGGAGUCUAGGCUGCAUCCUUGCGGAGCUGCUCACUGGAUACCCGCUCCUGCCAGGCGAGGACGAAGCGGAUCAGCUGGCCUGCAUCAUGGAGUUGCUGGGCCCGCCGCCUCAGAAGUUACUAGACCAGGCCAAGCGGGCCAAGAACUUCAUCAGCUCCAAGGGCUACCCGCGAUACUGCACCGUCACUACUCUACCUGACGGCGCCGUAGUCCUAGGCGCGGGCCGUUCGCGACGCGGGAAGCUGCGAGGUCCUCCGGGCUCCAAGGACUGGUCGAGCGCCCUCAAAGGUUGCGACGACCCCCUGUUCGUGGACUUCCUCAAGCGGUGCUUGGAGUGGGACCCCGCGACGCGCAUGACUCCGGCGGCGGCGCUGCGCCACGCCUGGCUCCGACGUCGGCUACCGCGUACGCCCCAGACCACGGCGUCGGACUCGACCACGGUGACCCAGAGGUCCUCCGUCUCAUCGUCGAGGUCUGUGAUCGCGUCCAAGGCGACGCGACUUGGGGACGAGCUCGCGAGUACGCUCAAACUGCCGCAAAUUGGCAAUCCCGUGUCGUGAUGGUGAUUACGGCCCCUCUCCCGCAGUGCGAUCGUGGAUUUGCCCCCC